AUGAUGUUUUCGAAAGGUAAAAGAGGCAAGUUUAGUCUUCAAAGGAUCGGGAUUAAAAAGCCGGAGGGGGUGGCUGGUUCCUCUGUUUUUGCUAUCCUUGUGGGUUUGUUUGUAGCAUUCGGUGGAGUGCUUUUCGGAUAUGACACCGGAACAAUCGGGGGUAUUAUUACCAUGCGUUACUGGCUGGACACUUUCUCUACAGGAUAUAUUGAUCCUAAGACUGGUCUACCGGGCAUCACUUCUUCUGAAUCAUCCCUGAUUGUAUCAAUUCUAUCGGCGGGAACCCUAUUUGGCGCCCUCUUCGCGGCGCCAAUAGCUGAUUGGACUGGAAGGAGAAUUGCGCUUUUAGUUAGUCUAUGCGUAUUUUCCUUCGGGGUUAUACUACAGACGGCUUCGAUCGCGAUUCCGUUGUUUGUGGCGGGGAGGUUCUUUGCUGGCUUGGGGGUCGGUAUGGUUUCUAUGCUAGUACCUCUUUAUCAAUCUGAAACGGCACCGAAGUGGAUCAGAGGAGCUAUAGUGGGUGCCUAUCAACUUGCCAUCACGAUUGGGUUGUUACUCGCGGCAGUCAUUGACAACGCUACCAAAGGCCUCAACAAUACUGGAUCGUACAGAAUUCCAAUAGCUGUUCAAUUUGCAUGGGUUCUUAUUCUCGGAACUGGACUUCUAUUUCUUCCCGAAACACCCCGCUAUCUGAUUAAACGCGGCAGACACGACAAAGCCGCGAAGUCGCUCAGUAGACUUCGAAGAUUGGAUGUCAAUGACCCUAACUUGAUCGUCGAGCUCCAAGAAAUCGAGUCCAACUAUGUCCAUGAACAAACUUUGGUCAAGGGAUCGUCAUAUCGACAAUUUCUGAAAUGGCACACGUUGGGCAAAAGACUUCUAACAGGAUGUUUGCUUCAAGCUCUCCAACAGCUAACCGGUAUCAACUUUAUUUUCUACUACGGUACCUCGUUCUUCGCAACAUCAGGCAUCAAACAACCAUUCGUAACAAGCAUGAUAACAUCCUCCGUAAACGUCUUCUCCACACUACCCGGUCUCUAUCUCGUCGAAGCAUGGGGACGACGCCGUCUUCUUCUCUUCGGUGCUCUCGGCAUGUUCGCUUGUCAAAUGAUAGUCGGCAGCGUCGGCACCGCCUUCCCCAAUGGCGAAAACCAAUCUGCGCAGAAAGCCCUCGUGGCAUUUGUAUGCAUCUACAUAUUUUUCUUCGCCUGCAGCUGGGGCCCCGUCGGGUGGAUUAUCCCUGGAGAAAUCUUCCCGCUUCCUGUGCGCGCUAAGGGUAUUUCUAUGACUACCGCUUCGAACUGGCUCUUGAAUUGGGCUAUCGCUUACUCUACUCCUUAUUUGGUGAACCCUGGUCCCGGUAAUGCGAAUUUGCAGGCGAAGAUUUUCUUUGUGUGGGGUGGGUGUUGUUUGCUAUGUGCGGUGUUUGUGUACCUUUUUAUUUAUGAGACGAAAGAUCUGAGUUUGGAGGAGGUGGAUGAGUUGUAUGAGAGUGUGGGGAAGGCGUGGAAGAGUGUUCAUUGGGUUCCGAAGGAGGGGUAUGGGAAGGAGUGGAAGGGUACUGGAAAUGCGAAUGGGGUUGGAGGUGCGGGUGGGAAGGGGUUGACGGACGAGGAGAAGGUGGGGUCUGUGAAUCACAGGGAGGGGGUUGCCUGA